AUGUCGUCGGAUCUCGGUUUUAUUCUGCUCACCACCGUCAUUGGGUUUUUGUCUUAUUCGACCAAUGCCUUGUUACAUUCCGGGAGUGCCUCUCAUGGCGUUUCCCCAAGAGACUAUUACUUGACUACGGAUGCGCAUUGGUUUAAUCAAACCCUAGAUCAUUACUCUCCUCACGAUCAUCGCAAAUUCAGACAGAGAUACUAUGAAUAUCUUGACAACUUUCGAGCUCCAGAUGGUCCUGUUUUUAUGAUAAUAUGCGGUGAAGGUCCUUGCAGUGGCAUAGCUAAAGAUUAUAUGAGUGUAUUAGCAAAGAAGUUUGAAGCUGGUGUGGUUUCAUUAGAACAUAGGUACUAUGGGAAAAGUUACCCUUUUAACUCAUUAGCUACAGAGAAUCUGAGAUACCUUUCAUCCAAGCAAGCCCUUUUCGAUUUGGCUGCUUUUCGUCAACAUUACCAGGAAGCUUUGAAUGUUAAGUUGAAUAGAAGUAGUGACAACCCGUGGUUCUUCUUCGGGGUGUCUUAUCCUGGAGCUUUAAGUGCUUGGUUCCGACUCAAGUUCCCUCACUUGACCUGUGGAAGCCUUGCUAGUUCUGCAGUUGUUCAUGCUGUCUAUGACUUCUCUGCAUUUGAUCAGCAGAUUGGUGAAUCAGCUGGUCAAGAAUGCAAAGAUGCACUAGAAGAGACUAAUAAACUCCUGGAACUAGGGCUCAAAGUAAACAGAAAGGCGGUGAAAGCCCUCUUUAACGCCACUGAGCUUCAUGUUGAUGCUGAUUUCUUAUACUUAACCGCAGAUGCAGCGGUUAUGGCUUUCCAAUAUGGAAAUUCAGAUAAACUAUGUGUCCCGCUUGUUAAAGCAAAGAAGAACGGUAGUGAUUUAGUGGAAACAUAUUCUAAAUAUGUUAGAGACCAUUGCAUGAAAGUUUGGGGCCUACACGUUAGACCAUAUAACCGGAAACAUCUUAGAAACACUGUUGUCACCGCCGAUAGUACAUAUCGGAUAUGGUGGUUCCAAGUUUGCACAGAACUAGCAUAUUUCCAGGUGGCACCUGCAAAUAAUAGCGUUCGAUCUCAGCAAAUCAAUACAGAGUACCAUUUGGAUUUGUGCAAGAGCCUUUUUGGUAAAGGUACAUAUCCUGACGUUGAUGCAACAAACCUGUACUAUGGAGGCCAUAAAAUCGCGGCAACCAAAAUCAUUUUCACAAACGGGUCACAAGAUCCAUGGCGUCAUGCUUCCAAACAGACCUCAUCUCCUGAAUGUAAAUUCUGUUUUAACUAAGCUUUAACUUCUGUAUCGAAUUUGUGCAUUUUCUGACAAAUUAAUAUUGCAGUGCCUUCUUACAUCAUGGAUUGCCAUAACUGUGGCCAUGGAACUGAUCUACGAGGAUGCCCUCAAUCUCCAAUGGUCAUCGAAGGUAUAAGCACUUGUGUGUUUUGUUCUCAAAAGUCAACAAAAUGUUAAAAGAUCUCUCUUUCUUCUCAGGUAAAUCAAAUAAUUGCAGCUCACCAGAUGUUGUAAACAAAGUGAGGCAACAGAUGGUAGAACAUAUCGAUUUGUGGCUGUCUGAAUGUCGCGGAUCUACUAGGAGUUCUAAAUAACAUUGCAUCAUAGAACUAGAAGUCAUGGUUUGGUUAAACAAACUACAGUAUACAAAUUUUAGUCUUUACUACCACGUACUGAUUUGCAAACCAAAUUUGAAUGGAAACUGUUAACCUAAAGCAAUAAGGCCCUGUUCGUUUGUCAGUCGCUAGCGGCAGCGAUCAGCGGCAGCGACUAGCUGCAGUGAUUAAAUAUCGCUGUUGUUGUUCGUUUUAGUAUCGCUGACAUAGCGAUAGUCGCUCGAUUGUUCGGUUAGUAAUCGCUGCCGCUAGCGACUGAUCUGCUGCUAAGUUGUUUGUUAUGCUAUUUCUAUGACUGAACGUUAAAUAAAAUUACUUUAAACUUAUAAAUGACAUAAAAAUAUAAAUGCAACCUCAAAUGAAAUAUUAUAGUUUCAUAAAGACAAAGUCUAAAGUAAAUAUAAAACUUAAAUAAAGCAUUACAAAAGAUUUUCUAGUAUGGCAAACGACCUCCUCUACCCAUCUCAUUUGUAAUGUAGUCACGUACACCUUCCAUAGCUCUAUCACCUGUUGAUUCAUAAGGAGUAUAUC